UCAAAAAACAUAUACAUACACACAACAUUUCACAAAUGUAUCUAUCACCCGCUUGAUCAAUCUCAAAUCACACCAUUCCCAUAUCAAAUCCCCCACCAUGACCACCCAAAACGACGCCGUUCCCAUCGCCUUCCCCGAUUUCCCCGAAGACGUGCAACUCACCAUCCUCUCCUUCCUCAACCAAUCAGAAAUCUCCACGUUUUCCUGCACCUCCAAGCGCUUCUACUCCCUCUGCAACAACGAUUCCAAGCUCUGGUUCUCUCUGUGCGACCGCAAGUUCGGGUCGAAGACCCGGAUCAAGAAAUGGGUCACGGGUCAAAUCACUUACAAGCGAUUGUACAAAACUUUGUGUGAGUUAGAGGGGCUGAUUGGGUUCUGGAGGAGGAGUGGGCAGAGCAAGAAUUGUGGGUCCCCUGGGAAUGUGGGUGAUCAGACGCCGGCCCUUGUGUAUUUUCAGUGGGGGGAUUGUUUUAUCUCGGGGUGUCGAGUUUCGGGUUCGAGGGAGGGAGGUUAUGAUGUUGUCAAGAGGCCUUGUUUCUGGAUUUGUUUGAAUUCGGAAGGGGAAUGUGUGAGUUUCCUUGAUCCCAAUUGUCGGGUUGAGGGGUUCGAAGAGUUGGUGGCCAAAUGCGAUGAUUUGGGGUUUGUGGAGAAUGAAUUGAUCCCGGUGAAUGUGAAUUUUAUGGGGGGUGGGCAUGUGGUUGUGGAGGAGAAUGUGAAUUAUGUGAGUUCGAGCGGUUCGGGGGAGAUUAGGAAGAGUGGUGUUGUGAAAGUGGGGAGUCCGAGAGGAGAGGAGGGUGAUGAGGGGGUGGAGAAUGUGAUUGGGUCUCCGGUUAUGUCAGAUAUGUAUCAGUAUUUUGCGAAUAGGACGAGUCCGGGGGCGGGAGGGGAGAGGUGGUCUAGGAGGCAGAGGAGGAGGGAGAAGGUCAAGAAGUGUUGGAAGAAGUGGGAGCCUGAGCAUUAUGUCAAGAUUGUUAAUUGUUCGCCUACGCCUGCAAGGCCUUUGCAGGGUCUUUGGAAGGGAAUUUGUGAUGACAUGAAACUUGAUUUUUAUUUGGUGGCUUAUGACGACAUUGGUGGUAUUGCUUGUCGGAGGGUUGAGGAUUCGUCUAAACCUUUCUCUGGCUAUGCACCAGUGUUUUGGACAUCAAACACCACAUUCAUCGAGUCUCCUUUUUCGCCAGAAGAAAAUUACAUAUAUGACAGUCGCACACAUCUUAGGCCACCUGAUGCGUCAGACUGUAUACAUGGAGAUGAAGCAGUGGCACGCAUUCUGUACAUCAACUCAAGCUAUGAUCUGGUCAUCCCGGAUUUAGCAGAGACUUCUGUGAAUCCUCGGCAGGUGGAGGGAAGAAUUUGGCAGUAUGGCAAUGGAACAUUUGGUUUUGGGUUUCUUCGUGAUAAUCACAUCGUAGACCUUAAGCUUAUUACUAGGAAUGAUCAUCUCUUAGAUACCAGUUAAUGUUGUAAAGAUUAUUAGUUUGUUUCUUUCUGUUGGACAUUGUUGUUGUACAAAAAGGUUGUGGCACUUGCCACAUCCGUGCACAGAUCUCUUCUGCAUGUUCAAAAAUAAUAAAUGUUUCCUUUUCUUUUGUA